UGGUGCGACUCAUAGGCGACGCCAGGGGUCGAGUGAACGCCCACUCCAUGCGACGGAUUGAACUCAAGAAGCAGACACUGAAGGAGCGCCUGAUGUCACCCACAACUGGUCUGCCAUUCAAUAUCGGACGCGGAGUUGUGGCCGGAAGUGCUCUCUUCGGUAUCGGCGCUCUCUGUUACUAUGGGCUCGGACUCAGCCAUUCGGCCGGCAUUUACGAACGAUCCAUGGUAUGGGAUCAGUACGUGAGAGACAGGAUCCACACGACAUACAUGUACUUCGGCUCAGGUCUGGGCAUAACGGCGGCCGCGGCUGUCGGUGCGCUCCGGAGUCCGGCAAUGAUGCGAAUGAUGACUAAAAACUCAAUGAUGUCACUGUUACUAACGAUGGGCGCUAUGAUCGGCACCGGAAUGAUCGCCCGAUCCAUACCCUACUCGGAGGGGUUGGGCGCCAAACAGAUGGCGUGGGCCGUCCACUGCGGUGUAGUCGGCGCUGUCAUCGCGCCGUUGUGUCUAUUGGGCGGACCUCUCAUACUGCGAGCGGCC